AAUGGAGGACGAAGAAGCUCUUUGGAAGUUUUUGUUUCUUGGAAGUUUAGUAGGUGUUUACCGACCUGGAUAUAGACAAAUAGAGGAUUCUGACGCAGAUGUUAUUCGAAGACUUAUAAAAAAUGGAAGACACAAUAAAGUCAUCGAAUAUAUAUGCAGAGCAUCAAGAAAAUGUUUGAAAUUUUAUCCAAUAGCCUAUACUCUAGCUUUGUGCGCAAGGCAUGAUAAAAAGGCAGUCUCUAAACAGGCUUAUGCAGCUCUACCGUAUGUUUGCCGAACGCCAUCACAUCUUUUUCAGUUUCUGAGCUUCUGCAGGACCAGGUUUAAAUGCAGAGGCUGGCCAAGAAGUCACAGAAGAGCGAUUGCAGCGUGGUACACUGAAAAUGAACAAUACAGAAACGAUCCAAAGAAGCUGGCCAUUCACGUCACUAAAUACAAAAGGAGACACAUGUUCUCACAAAAGAAGGUGAUUAAAUCAUGUCACCCUAAACCUCCGAAUGAAGCUUUUCAAUAUAUUUUUCAUUAUGUGACAAAUGGAGUCAAAAAGGCAAAUAAAGGUAAAGCAAAUGAAAAGGAAACGCAGAAUGUAAAAGGUUAUAUAACAGCUGUGGAAUUCAUAAAGAACAAACACAAUUCGGAUCAAGAAGAAGUAAUAAAGGAAGUCAUACAGAAAUGGGGGAUUCCAUGGGAAAGUAUCCCUACAUCACAUUUACAGUCUCCUGAAAUUUGGAGAGCUCUUUUGAGGCAUAAUAUGCCAAUGAUAGCCAUGAUAAGAAAUCUUGGAAGAAUGGGCCGACUCGGGAUACUGAAACCCAAAAGUGAAGAUGAGAGAAUAAUAUGUGAGAGACUGAGAAGUGUUGACUUGGUGGAAUCAAUUCAUCCUAUCCAGCUUCUAGCGGCGUUUGCUGCAUAUAGACGUGGACGUGGAUUAAGAGACUCUGGUCACACAUGGGACGUCAACAAAGAAAUAGAACGAGCAUUAGUAGCUUCUUAUUCUCUCUCGGCAAAGAAUUUUGAGCCUACGAAAAGUAGAGUCUUAAUUGCAAUUGAUGUAAAUAUGAAUAUGGACUUUCAUGUGCUUGGUAUCCCGAGCAUGUCGUGCAAGGAAGCAGCUGUAGCAUUGUCGCUUCUUUUCCACAGCUCAUUUGAAGUGCAAACAAUAACAUUCUUCAAGUCAGCUCAAAAAACAUUCCUGGAAAAUCCCAGUGGAGAUCUUUUUGACAUUGAUUUCUCUGAAAAGCACACAGAAAGCGGAGAGAAGGAGACAAACUACAAUGUUCCUUUCCAUUAUGCAAAGGAAAAUAAGUUUGAUAUCAUACUGCUGUUGACCGAUACACUUGAGACUAAAGACAUUGACAAAAUUCGUAGGUCUUAUCAAAAAUCGAAACAACCUAAUAGUAAAUGUGUUGUAGUUUGCUUUAAAACUAGUAGACCUGCAUCUGUGCUUGGGGAUAGUUCCAUGUUGGAUGUGGUUGGAGUUGACGAAUAUGCUGUUGAAAUUAUUAUGGAUUUCAUCAAAGACUACAAGCGAGAAAUGAUCCAGAUAACUGGAGGUCAAGGUCACGAAAAAAUGGAAGUCGAAAACUGAUGUCAUCUGAUUACUGAAAUAUCUUAUAUAUAGAAUAAACAGUUGACAAACAUUGUAAAACAUAUAUGAAUUAUAUAUUAUAUAUUGCUUAUUAUACAAAUUAUAUAAAAAAAUAUUUUAAAA